AUGAUGGAGGAAGCAGGGAAUAUGUCAAAAGCAAGUUGUGCCUGUGUGUGCAAAUGGCACAGCUGGUAUAUGAAUGAUAGAGACUCUGCAUCACAGGAAGACGAUCUGUCCUCCAUACAAAUGGUAAAGGAGUUGAAUGACAAGUCAACAUAUUUGUUAAAAAACAAGAUAGAAGCAUUUUCAAGAGAAAGGAGUGCAGAAGUCAUAAAGAUAGUCAAAGACAUUGAAGAAAAGUUAUCACAAUUGUGGUUUGUUGAGUUGAAUGAUGAUGUCAGUUAUGAGCUGUGCUCAUCAUCAUUAUUGCGUAAAUUGACUGGUAGUGAUUGUUUGGUCUUUAUUCCUGUGUCUUUUCCAUCAAGAAGAAUAUGUGUGUUAAGUGAGAACCAAACUGUAUUGGAUAAAGCUCUGGAAGCUCUGUGUGCUGAAUAUAACAGGUGGAAAAAUUUAAUGCAUGGAGCCUCAUUUCAAUCUUCUACAGUUUCAAGUCAGAUGCCUUCAUUAGUUGGAAAAAAUUCUACACAUGGUUCCUCAUUCCAAUCUUCUGCAGUUUCAACUCAGAUGUUUUCAUCAGUUGACAAAAAUUCUACACAUGGUUCCUCAUUCCAAGCUUCUACAGUUUCAAGUCAGCUGCCUUCAUCAGUGGAAAAAAAUUCUACACAUGUUUCCUCAUUCCAAUCUUCUACAGUUUCAAGUCAGAUACCUUCAUCAGUUGAAAAAAAUUCUACACAUGUUUCCUCAAUCCAGUCUUCUGCAGUUUCAAGUCAGAUGCCUUCAUCAGUUGAAAAAAAUUCUACACAUGGUUCCUCAUUCCAAUCUCACGAAAUUUCAAGUCAGACAACACUUUCUCCAACUCAAAAAUCCACACAUAGCCAAGAAAAAAUGAAUUUUAUAAUUGGAACAUUGAGAGUAAAAAUAUACCAGAGUUCCAUUCUAGAUGUUAAGGUGGAUGCCAUUGUGAAUGCAGCCAAUGAGUACCUCAUAUUUGAAGCCGGUGUUUCCAAAGCAAUAUAUGAGGUUGCUGGCUAUGAUUACUCUAGGGAAUGUGACAAACUGCUCGAAGUAGAGGGUCCAAAAUUAGAGAUUUCUAAAUGCUAUUCAAGUAGACCUGGAAAUUUGAGUUACAAGUUUAGGUUCAUACUUCAUGCAGUUGGUCCUUGUUGGACUGAUUAUGAAGAUAAAGAAUUUUUCUUGCAGUUAUUAAGACAGACUGUUCAAAAUUUGUUGGGGAAGGCAGAAUCAUUGUCCAUUAUCUCCCUUGCCAUGCCAGCAAUAAGUUCAGGAAACCCUUGUGUGCCAUUGAAAUUAUGUGCUGAAUCCUAUAUCCUUGGAAUAGUCCAAUUUUGCCGUGAUAAUUACCCAGUCUGUUUAAAAGAGAUACACUUGGUGGAUAAUAAUCCUGAAGUGAUAAAAGAAUUGUUGGUGGCAUCAACAAAAUUCAAGGAAGACCCAUUUUCAAUUUCACUUUCAGCAGUAAAUUCACGUUAUACUCAACAUUUUGGGGGAACAGUGCAGAAUGUUGCCAGGGCUACUGCUCAGACAAACCCACCAGCAAGUAGUCAGUCGUUACAGUUUAAAGCAGGAAAUAUUAGUGUGAAAGUUUUGGAGGGGUCCAUUCUGAAUGUAAAAGCAGAUGCAGUUGUGAAUGCUGCUAAUGAAAAUUUGUCACAUGGUGCUGGUGUUGCAGUAGCUAUUAGUGAAGCUGCUGGAUACGGGUUCAACACAGAAUGCAUGAGCAUACUUGCUUCUCUCAACCGGGCCUUGAAUACAACAGAAGUAGUAAAAACCUCCCCUGGAAAUUUGAAAAAAAAAUUUCAGGUUAUACUGAAUGCUGUUGGUCCUAGAUGGAAUCAGUAUCCAGACAAAACUGUGUGCCUUUUGAAUUUGAAUCAAACCAUCAAAAAUAUUUUAGAAAAGACAGAAAAGCUUAUGCUUUCAUCUGUAGCAAUGCCAGCAAUAAGCGCAGGCAUUUUUGGAGUACCUUUGAAAUUGUGUGCAGAAAUGUAUGUGCUGGGAAUUCAUGAAUACAGUAAACAGAAACCGAUCUGGCUGGAGGAGGUUAUUAUUGUGGACAUUGAUCCAAGUGUCUGUACAGAGGUCAAAUCAGCUUACCAUCAUUACAGAGAUGACCCUUCAUCUCUUUCCAUAUCCACUGCAAGGUCCCGUUAUCCGGCAUUGAUGAAAACCUUGACAUCGCCAUCAGUCAGAGAGAAGCCUGAAAGCACAAGCUGUGAUGGAAGAAGAAAUCAUUUUUCAGAAUCAAGUUCUGUUGCCAAGAAUCCUGAACCAAACACAGAAACAUUGUCAGCAGGUUCAAGCAGUAAUGUUAGAAAACAUGAGACCACCAGACAGAACCACUCCAAGAAACUUCUGAAGCUCGGUGAUGAAAAAAUUGGAAAAGAGCUUGUGAAAGUGUUCAGUUUUGAAGAUUUUAUGUUGGUGAAGAUCUAUACUGGUAGUAUAGUAAGGUUUCAAGGAGAUGCAAUAAUUUGCAGCAAUGAUGAUAGAAUGUCUGGGAUUGGUCCAUUAGCAAAAGCAAUAGCUACUGCAGGGGGUUCAAAAUAUAGUGAAAGUUAUACAAAAAUCAGAAGCAAAUAUUCAUAUGGCACAAGUAAAUGGGAGCCUGGAGAUAUUGAAACAUGCAGUGGAGGAAAUUUAAAUGUUAAAUUUGUUGCACAUGCUGUCAUUAAUUCAAUGUCAAUUACAGAUGAGAGGAGUCUGAAUUCAUAUGGAGAAACACUGAAGCACAUAUUCAAUAAAAUCAACACUUACAGGAAAUCGAGGAAAUUUGCCAUGCCUUUAAUUGGAGCAGGUUACUUUGAGAGGCGCUUUGAGGACUUGAGAAAAUGCUGUUUAACUCUCUUUCAUGUUCUUGCUGACUUCUGUCAAGACCAUCAGUCCAAAUGUGCUGUAAAGGAACUUCAUUUGAUAAACAAAAAUCCUGCUGUUACUAAGUCACUAGUGGAUGUGUUUGAAUGCAAUGUCAGCAAAAAAGCAAAUGAAACUGUCCAAACUCCAUCCAGCCAUCAUAACAGAUCAAGACCUGCAAGUGAUACAGUAUUAGGAUAUGGGGACAAAACACCUGUUAAUGGUCACCAUGGAUACCUCAACAGACAAAACAGUUGGUCCCAGUCAAAUUCUGGAGGAACUACAGAUGAUCAAAAAGAAUUUGAUAUCAGAAAAACUGGUGCACGUCCUAAAACAGGAUAUUUGAGGUCCAAAUCAAUGUAUGACAAAAGGCCAAGCACAGGGACUAAGAAACAGGACAAGAAACAAAACAUUGAGGAUCUUAUUUCCAUGAGCAGUGUUACAAUGGGCAGUUAUGAUAAUAGUGAAACUGAUAUAAAGACAACUUCAGCUGGGAAAAAGGAGGGAAACUUGAACAUUAUUGGGUUAGGUGAUGAUAGUGAAAGCAGUGAUUCUAAUGAUGAUGACAGAAAAGAGGACCCGGGUGAUGCUGGUGAAACAGCAGGCUGUGUCAUUUGUUUGGAUGAUAUAAAAAAUGGCAUUAAACUCACCUGUGGUCAUGAAUUUUGUAAAGGCUGUCUAACACAGUCUUUUUCCCAACACAAACAGGCAUGUCCUGUGUGCGGGAAGAUUUUUGGAGAAAUUACUGGAAAUCAACCCCCAGGAGAAAUGACUGAAGAAAGAGAAAGAAGGUCAUUGCCUGGAUAUGAAGGAUGUGGAACAAUCAUUGUCAAAUACAAGUUUGAUUCAGGAAUUCAAGGGCCAGAGCAUCCUAACCCUGGUCAACCUUAUGAUGGAACAGAGCGACGAGGAUUUCUCCCAGACAACGAGGAGGGCAGAAAAGUUCUAAGACUGUUACAGAAGGCUUUCGACAGAAAACUGACCUUUACCAUUGGUUAUUCCAGAACCACUGGAAAAGACAAUGUGGUUACCUGGAAUGAUAUUCAUCACAAAACCAAAAGGGACACAGGGGCUCAGAAAUUUGGAUACCCAGAUCCCACCUACCUACAGAGGGUACAAGAAGAGCUGGCAGCCAAAGGAGUCACAGAGUGAAUGGAAGGAAUUUCAGAAAAAAAAAUGAAAUAUUUGUUUUUCUAG